AUGAUUCGUUCAAGCCUUGUUGCUAUGUUGGCCAUUUGCGCUGUUUGCUCGUUCUGUGGCAAAGAGUUCGUUACACUCGGCCGCCAUUCCUGGCGUUGUAAACAAAAGUUGAAUCAAAAUCUUCCUGGUAACACAGUUAACCAGAUGCCGGUUAUACAUUCUGCUGUUAGGAUCUCGAAUACUGAUGAUGUGAAAUGCUAUUGUGGUAAAUCAUGCAAAGGAACACGGGGUCUUAAAAUGCAUCAACGUAGUUGUCGUGUAAUACACGGAUUAAAUGACGAACUGCUUACGGACCUUGAACAACAAUCUACUGAGAACUCUACUGAUAGUUUUAAUUCUUCUACUGUUGAGGAGAACGAUGCCAUGGCAAACGACGCAAGUAAUCAGAAUUUCCCAGUGUUAAAGAAAGGAAUAAAACUCCCCAAAAACGACGCAGAAUGGUCAACGGCCAAUAACUAUUUCAAAUUCGCGAUUGAAUUAAAUGCACCAAUCAGAGCUCAAGAUCUAAGCUCUAGCAUCUUGCAAUUAAAUAAUGUGGUCUACAAUUAUUUUGCUGAUAACUUCGGUCAUGCCGAAAAGAUUCCGGAUAAAGCACUGGUGGAUAAGUACAGAGACCAAACAGUAAAGGAGUUGAAGAAAUCUCUGAAAAAACUAAAACUUUCAAACGCCGAACCUCAUGAAAUUAAAUACGUGUCUCGCACAUUGCGUGAGAAAUUGCGUAAUGCCAGUCAAAACAAUCUUGAUGACCAGACAACUCAAAACCACAAUGAGGUAUUUAAUCACGACAAUUACAUUGGCAGAAACUUUUGGGGUUACGUUAAAAACAUCCUGAAUAAGAACACUUCCCUACUUCCCACAUUUUCGAUGAUAGAAUGCCUGACAUAUUUCAAGAGAACUCUAAGCGCAAUUAACACACAUAAACUAUUCUGUAUUCCCAGCUGGAUUCCAAAGUUAUCCGAACCCGUCAUCAAUUUUGACCUUGAACCCCCAACAUAUCGCCAAGUUACAAAUAUAAUUCGCCGAAUGAAAGCAUGCGCCUCACCUUGCCCGCUCGAUCAACUUUCAAUAAUUUGCUUUAAACGAUGUCCAUUUCUUCGUACGUACUUGACAGAAGUAAUACGUAGCGUUUGGUCUUCAAAAUAUGUACCUGCCGAAUGGAAAAAAGCAUGUUCUGUACUUAUACACAAAAAGGGAAAUACAAAUGACCCUUCCAAUUUCCGUCCUAUUACUCUGGAAUCCAUACCCUUAAAAGUGUUUACCUCAUAUCUUCGCAACGCCAUGUUCUCCUUUCUAACGGCUAAUAAUUUCAUUGAACAAAAGAUUCAGAAAGGCUUCACUCCCAAUUUGUCUGGCACUUUGGAACACACAGCUCAAAUGACAAACAUCAUCAACCAAGCGAGAAUAAAACAACGCUCUGUUGUCAUCACCCUUCUUGACCUUAAAAACGCCUUUGGUGAAGUGCAUCAUAAUCUCAUUCAAUCUGUCCUCGAUUAUCAUCACAUUCCCGAACAGAUUAAUGAAAUUAUCAAGAGCUUGUAUACUGACUUCAACACCACAAUUAUAACUGCCGAAUUCUCUACCCCAUUCAUAACUGUUGGCCGAGGUGUACUUCAAGGAGACUGUCUUAGUCCUUUACUUUUCAAUAUGUGUUUCAACACCUUUAUUCAGCACAUUAAAGUUGAUAAAUACCGCCAAUUUGGUUUCAUGACCAAAUUUUUAAAUCCAAUCCAUUGGUUCCAGUUUGCUGACGAUGCAGCCGUUAUUAGCGGCCAAGAGAGCGAAAAUCAGACCUUUUAA